AUGGAAACAACGCCGCUUUUAGCGGAUAGAAAGCAGGACAGUGAGUCUUACAAUGGAUAUGUUAGUGAUGGGCGAUCGGUAGGCUCAGAUGAGGUACACAUGAGCCGCUUCAGGCUUAUGAGUCCAGACAUAGAGGAUCCUGAAAAUGCAGAUCUGACGGAACUUAGUAGCCCUUUGGCAGCUCAAAUGAAUGCCACGACGCUCAAACACGAGGCCCGUGUUAUUUUGUCUAAAUCGGGUCCGCUUACGAUGACGUUUUUCAUGGAGUACUCAAUGACUGUUACCUCGCUUUUUGUUGUGGGUCAUUUUGGCACUUCUGAGCAUUUAGCGUCGGCAUCGCUGGCAGCGAUGACUUUCAAUAUAACAGGACUUGCGGUCAUCGAAGGGAUGGCUACAUCUCUGGACACGUUUUGUGCUCAAGCUUAUGGAGCUCAAAAAUAUACCAAAGUUGGACUGUAUUUUCAACGCUGCACUGCUAUGAUCGCAAUCGCUGCAAUCCCAAUCAGUUUAUUUUGGUGGACUAGCGCGUUUUGGUUACGAUUUGUUAUUCCAGAACAUCAAUUACUCGACGACGCUCAAAGCUUUCUGCAAGUAACCUCUUUCGGGCUUCCAGGCUUAAUCCUAUUCGAAACGGGAAAAAGAUAUGUGCAAGCGCAGGGUUUUUACGAUGCUGGUACGUGGGUACUGGCUAUAGCAGUACCUCUAAACAUUCUCAUUAGCAUCGUUUUGACCAAAAGCUCUGGAUAUAUUGGUGCACCUACUGCGUUGGCUAUUACUGACUGGCUUAUGGCGCUGAUACUGUUCAUAUAUUGUCGGUAUUUUGAGCCCAGUACUCGCAAUUGCUGGUAUCCGUUCAAUGCUAGUUGGCAUCAUUUUAAGCAUGUUUUUCAACAUUGGGGCACAAUGUGGAGUUUGGCCUUUCCAGGCCUCGUUAUGAUCGAAUCAGAAUACUUAUCCUUUGAGGUUCUAACUAUCAUGUCUACUCAUUUCGGUGUUGAAGCCAUUGCCGCACAGUCGGUCGUGGCCAAUGUCGGUUCUUUGAUAUACCAGGUGCCGUUCGCAAUGGGCUGCGUCGUGUCAACGCGUAUUGCAGCAUAUAUUGGGAUGGAGAACAUGAGGAAUGCCAAGACCACUGUCAAAGCCUCCUAUUACAUUGCAUUUUUUGCUGGAAUUCUGAACUGUUUAAUUCUUCUGCUCGGUAACAAAUGGUUAGCUCGUCUAUUCACAAAAAACGAGGAAGUUAUUGUUAUUGCAUAUCACAUCAUGCCAAUUUUGGCGAUAAAUCAACUUUACGAUUCUGUGGCAACAUUUGGGGCUGCUAUCUUACGAUCACAGGGUAGGCAAAGUCUUGGAGGCGUUCUUAAUGUGGUUGGUUAUUAUUUCAUAGGGUUACCACUAAGUGGUUGGUUUGCAUUCGGACCUCUUCAGCUAGGACUUAAGGGUUUAUGGUAUGGUUGUGGUGUCGGGAUAUUAGUGUUAGCCAUUUCGUCGUCGAUCUGUGUCUACAAAAGUAAUUGGACCAAGAUCCACAAUGAUUUCUUGGCGCGUGAGGAUGAUGAAAUGGAGGUAGAUUUGUUGAGUGUCGACACUGGUAGCGCUAUCUCACACCGCUACACAACCUGA